GAGUCGCAGCGCAUGGUUUCCUACCCCGACUCGCAGGGCGCCGAGCGCUCGCUGGCCAUCCGCCGCCCGCCGUCCGUCGCCGGGUCGCAGUCGUCGUCGCGCACGUCGACGGUGCGCAGACACCGCACCCACCGCUCGCACUUUGGGGGGACCUCGCUGCAGCCGCAGAAUGAGUUCCCCGUCUUCACGCACACGGGCGACAUGGACAUCGCCAUCAGCAACGGGCGCAAGGAGCAGCGCUACCUGCUGCACAAGCUCAUCCUCACCCAGUGCUCGGGCUUCUUCGAGGCCGGCACGAGCGACGAGUGGGCCACGGCCGGCGACAGCCCCAGCGCUGCCCCCAACCCAAACCCGGCCGCCCUUGCGCGCGUGCCGCCGGCUGCGCGCCAGGAGAAGAAGAAGUGGAGGUACGAGCUGGACUGGGGCAAGGGCGACCACGAUGUGCCCAUGCUGGUGCAGAAAAAGGCCCAGCCCUCCAUCUUUGGCGACGACACGACAUGUCCUGCCCAGCCGCCGCCCGCGCGCAACAAGCCGCCCGCCCCGCAGGCAGGCUUCUUCCGCACAAUGGCAAACUUCUCCACCGUCCACGUCCCUACCGCCGCCGCCACCACGGCCACCACGCCGACCUCGCCCAUCGAUCCCGACGACGACACGUUCCGCGAUUACGACAACCUCUUCCGCAUCUUCUACAACUACGCGCCCACCCUCGACGUCGUCAACAUUGCGAAUGCAUACGUCGAGUGCAAGUCGCUCCUCCAGCUGGCCGACAUGUACGACGCCGUCCAGGUCAUCGGGCCCCGCGUAGACCACCACCUGCUGCGCUUCCAGGGCCGUCUCUGGAAGCAAAUCGCAAAAUACCCGCCCAGCUACCUCAAGCUCGGCUACAUGGCUCGCAGCAAGGCCAUCUUCGCGGAGGCCAUGGUGCACGUCGUCGGACAGUGGCCCUCGGGCCUGAACCAACUGCGCGGCCAGAUCGCCGAUUCCGUCAUCGAGCUGAUAGAGGACAAAGUCGAUGAGGUGGAGGAGCUCAAGGCCAAAAUUGAGGUCAAGCUGUUCCGCCUGAGUCUCACCACAAGUCGCGGCGAGCGCGUCAGUCCGUCGAGUAAUUGGUUGGAUUGGCUUGCAGUGUCCUUGUUUCGACAGUGGCUCGCAGAGAACACGACACCCCCGCCAGCGCCCAUCCUCAAAUCGCCCCGUGCUCCGUCUCGCAAUGCCAACGAGUCGGCACCUGCUCCGCCAGCCUUCAAUACCGGUCGUGUGUUCCGCCUCCUCGGCCAGGGUGGCUCGUCGUAUUUAAACCACGACGAGUGUAAACGCUUCCUACGCCUUUCCCAAGACCACUACAAUCGUGAAAACCUAAAGAAGUUCGAGAGAAGGGUCGAGGAGAUCAAGAACAAGGCGAAGGAUGCUGUCAAGCCGCUGAUGCGCAAUUUCCUCGAACUGGAUCUCAGAGAGGGGGGGUUGCCGUAUUUGACGUGUGCCAGGAUUGACGACCAGGAUUUUCCUUGGGAAGAAUGA